AUGCUACACGUGAGCUUGACAUCGGGGAGGGAGCUCGCUUCCUUCUCUGUGGGGGACUUUAGCAAUGCGCGGAUGUUGAAGCAACAUCUGCAGAAGAUAUGUGGAGUGCCGCGAUUUCGGCAGCGGCUCGUGCACAAUGGUGCCAGCCUAGAUGAUGAUGCCGACCUAAACUUGCCCAUGGACAUGCAGCUGGUCUUGCUGCCGGUCACGCCUCCCUCUGAGGAGGAUAUCAAGGCUCUCAGCGAAGCGGCGGAGAUGGGAUCUGUGAAGGCUGUUGAACAUAUCUUAAACAAACCCACGGAGCCGCGGCAAUCUGGCAAAAGCUUUGGCCUUGGGAGCUUCCCUAUGUAUGUGGCAGCUUCCAGGGGUCAUGCCGACGUGGUGCGUUUGCUGUUGGAGGCCCAGGCAGAUGUGAAUCAUCGCAAAAGCCUCGAUGGUAUGUAUUUGAACUCUCCCUUAGCCGCUGCUGCUCACAGAGGACAUGUCGAAGUUGCCCGUGUGCUGCUGAAAGCUGGUGCUGGCCAGGGUCCCGAUAGAGUUGAUGAACUAAAUGACCUCCUCAUGUCGGUAUGUGCAAUUGGACAUGUUGAGCUCGUUCCGUUGCUGUUGGAGCAUGGUGCUUCUGCCAAUGGCUCAGAAAAUCCGUGGACCGGGAUGGUAACCAGCACUCCCCUCAGUUUGGCCACCAAAUACGGAAAUGCAGAAGUUGCACGCUUGCUGGUUGGGGCCGGCGCCGUGCAAGACUAG